ACCCCGGCCCUGCAGGUUUUCGCCUCCAAAGUUCUUCGCGAGGGAGUAGCGACAAGGAGAGCAGGACUGGGGCGAGGCCGCGGCGGUGCGCGUCUCUCCAGGGCUAGUCCGCCGGGCGGCCGGCGAGGCGCGGGGAAGAUGCUCCAGGUCCUGGUGCUUAAGAUUGAAGAUCCAGGUUGCUUCUGGGUUAUUAUAAAAGGAUGUAGUCCCUUUUUAGAUCAUGAAGUUGACUAUCAAAAACUGAAUAGUGCCAUGAAUGACUUCUAUAAUAGCAUGUGUCACGAUAUAGAAAUAAAACCACUCAAGUUGGAAGAAGGGCAGGUUUGUGUGGUUUAUUGUCAGGAACUAAAGUGCUGGUGCAGGGCAGUUAUCAAGUCAAUCGUGUCUUCAGCAGACCAUUACCUCGCAGAGUGUUUCCUUGUGGAUUUUGCUAGAUAUGUUCCAGUGAAAUCCAAAAACAUCCGAGUUGCCAUAGAAACUUUUAUGCAGCUUCCCUACAGAGCAAAAAAAUUCAGACUGUACUGCAUAAAACCUGUCACAUUGCACAUUAACUUCUGUGAAGACAGUGCUGAAAUUGUACGGGCCAAGAAGUGGGACAGUGCAGCUAUUCAGUACUUCCAGAACAUCCUGAAAGCAACUACCCAGGUAGAAGCCAAAUUAUGUGCUGUGGAAGAAGAUACUUUUGAGGUUUACCUUUAUGUAACUCUAAAAAAUGAAAAGGUUUGUGUUAACGAUGAUCUGGUUGCAAAGAACUUCGCUUGUUAUGUGUCACCCAUGGAGAAUGAGAACUUUGAUUCUUUGGAGAAGCCAAGAUUGAAUAUAAAGUCAGCAUCCUUUUCCAAUAAGCUCAAUCCAGCACUUACUCUUUGGCCAAUGUUUUUGCAAGGAAAGGGUUCUCAAAGGAUGGAAACGGAGUCUCUCCAGCAUCCGUGGCCCCAGGGUGUGGGUGACCUCAGGCCAACCAGUAGGAUCCUGGAUAAGACUGUAAAAUGUAAUGUGGAUUCAUUGAAAGGUUCACCUGAAAAAGAAUCUGAAAAGAAACAGCAGUACAUCUCCUUGAAAGACGUAAAUAAGUGUGUUGAAUCUGCAGUGUGCUGGCCAACAAAGAGAGGCAUAACCAUAUAUGCCAAUCCAGACACAUCAGCUGCAAGUGCUUCAUGUCAAAAGUCAAGUGAGAAGCCACUUAGAUCAGCUGAGAAGAAAGAAUACAAUGAGAAGAAUGGCUGUGUGAAAUUACUGCAGUUUUUAAAUCCUGAUCCUUUAAGAGCUGAUGGAAUCUCUGAUCUGCAGCAGUUGCAGAAGCUGAAGUCGGGGUCCCAGCAGACCAUGGCAGUUUUGCGAAACAGGGUUGAGCCCUGCUUGUCCAUCGAGACAGCACCACUCUCAACAGACCUGAAAAAGGCUCUUCAAAGAAAUAAGUUUCCAGGCCCCAGCCACACUGAAUCUUACUCUUGGCCUCCCAUAGCACGUGGCUGCGACGUGGUGGUCGUUUCUCACUGUGGAAACGACCCUUUGUUGUACCUUCCACCAGUGCUUACAAUUCUGCAAACAGGAGGCUGCUACAAGUCUUUGCCAAGUAGAAACGGACCUCUGGCAGUCAUCGUGUGCCCUGGGUGGAAAAAGGCCCAAUUUAUUUUUGAAUUAUUGGGAGACUAUAGAGCGUCCUCCAGGCCUCUUCAUCCUGUGUUGUUAACAAUCGGACUCCACAAAGAUGAAGCCAAAAAUAUGAAGUUUCCAAGGGGGUGCGAUGUGAUUGUUACAACACCACAUAGUCUCCUGAGACUUCUCCAGUAUCAGAGCUUAUUAUUUCUUAGGCUCUGUCAUCUAGUUUUGGAUGAGGUGGAAGUAUUACUCUCUGAAGCUAAUGAGCAGAUGUUUGCUAUAUUAGAUAACUUUAAAAAAAACACUGAAGUUGAAGAACGGGAAUCUGCCCCACAUCAGAUUGUUGCAGUUGGAGUUCAUUGGAACAGACAUAUAGAGCAUUUAAUCAAAGAGUUCAUGAACGACCCCUACAUUGUGAUCACAGCCAUGGAAGAGGCUGCCCUCUACGGCUGCGUCCAACAGGUAGUGCAUCUUUGCUUGGAAUGUGAAAAAACUUCUACUUUACUCCAGACUCUUGAUUUCAUCCCAAGUCAGGCAGAGAAGACCUUGAUCUUCACCUGUUCUGUAGCUGAAACAGAAAUAGUGUGUAAGGUGGUAGAAAGCAGUUCCAUAUUUUGCUUGAAAAUGCAUAAAGAAAUUAUUUUUAAUUUAAAAAGUGUUUUAGAACAGUGGGAGAAGAAGUUAAGUUCUGGUUCUCACAUUGUAUUAGCCUUAACAGAUGAUUGCGUCCCACUCUUGGCCAUCACCGAUGCCACGUGUGUUAUUCACUUCAGCUUUCCUUCCUCACCCAAAAUUUUCGGUGGACGCCUAUAUUGCAUGUCCGAUCAUUUUCAGAGUUUAACUGAACAGGGAGAUAAAAAGACCAAAUCUGUCUUGCUGCUGUCGGAGAGAAAUGCCUGCCACGCAGUUGGGGUCCUACGCUACUUGGAGCGAGCAGAUGCCAAGAUCCCUUCAGAGCUGUACAAGUUUACCGAGGGGGUUCUGGAAGCCAAAGAAGAUAGAAAAGCCAGAAGGCCUCUUUGUCCGUAUCUUAAGGCUUUUGGUUUUUGCAAGAUAAUACCCUUUUAUGUUUUGAAUGCAACAAAUUACUUUGGUCGUAUAGUUGAUAAACAUGAGGAUCUUUGUGCAACUCUUAAUGCUGAGAUGAAAGAGUAUUUUGAAGACUCCAAUAAUAAAGCAACUGUUGAAAAGAUGGAGAAAUUUGGAUUAUAUGGGUUAGCAGAAAAAUCAGUUUUUCACAGGGUUCAGGUGUUGGAGAUGAGCCAGAAGGAGGACACGUGGGCCCUGGAUAAUGUCCUUGUGAAGUUCAUAGAUGAAGGAAGGACUGGGCUCGUCACAAGAGACCAGUUGCUACACCUCCCAGAAAGAUUCCACACACUGCCCCCCCAAGCUGUGGAGUUUAUCGUUUGUAGAGUGAAACCCGUGGACAAUGAAAUUGAAUGGAAUCCAAAGGUUACUAGGUACAUUCAUCAUAAAAUUAUUGGAAAACUGCAUGAUGCAAAAGUGGUACUGGCUUUAGGAAAUACCGUUUGGAUUGAUCCAAUGGUGCACAUUACAAAACUUUCAAACUUGAAAACUUCUGUCAUUGAUUAUAAUGUUCGAGCUGAAAUUUUGUCAAUGGGAAUGGGCAUUGAUAACUCAGAACAUGUAGAACAACUGAAAAAAUUAUACAAAGGAGCUAAAAUGCCAUCUUUUGAAGAAAGCCUGAACCAGACCCUGAUACCUUCUUCCGGAGAAGACAGUGCUUGCCUGCCGAGCACACGGCAAGAGGACAAGGGCUCGGAGAGAGGAGCUGACUCCAAGACAGACUCAGAAAACCGAAAGCAUGAAACUUUACCAGAAAACACUGGAGGUGCUUCCAUCAACAAAACUACAGAGCCGCCGAAAAGCUUCCACCCACAAAUAAAAUGGUUCCAAAAAGAGGAUGUGGUCAUACUGAAGAUAAAAAUAAGGAAUGUAAAAGAUUACAAAUGUAAAUACUUUAGAGAUAGAGUCAUUUUCAGUGCCUGGGUAGGAGAGAAAUUUUACUUGGCUGAUUUGGAGCUGCAAGCCAACAUAAUAAAAGAUGAUUGCAAAUGCAUAAUUAGAUAUGACGAACCUAUAAUCACUCUUGCAAAAGAGCAGAAAGAGUCUUGGUGUGGCUUACUCAAACAGAAGAAUCCAAAUGUGGCUUUUGAUUUUGAUCACUGGGAAGACUGUGAUGAGGAUAAGGAGGAUAGCCACUUUGCCAAAGUUGUAAAUUCUAAAAACCUGUCCUGCAAUGUGGCAGGCUUGGUUGAGACCAGUGACAGAAGUUCCGAUGAAGAUGAAAGUAAUAGUGAAUGAGAAUGUGAAUUAAAACCUGCAGAGCAGCCAGAGGGUUCUGACCAGAAAUGGAUAUUGCUACGUGACCAGAAAUGGAUAUUGCUACGUGACCAGAAGCUAAGAAGACAGGCCUUUUUUCCCUCAAGGAUCAAGCAUUACUGUCACCUUGCGGCACUGGGAUUAGUAAUGGUGAGAAAUUCUUAAUUGAUAGAAAAAUGAGUUGAUGAUGAGACUCUGGAAGGAAGGUGGAAGCAGAGACACUGUGAGUGCUGGGCUGUCCUACUGGUCGCCUAGUGUGAAGCCUGCCUUGACACUCAGGUUAAGUGAUGCAAACCAGACAUUAAGGUAAUGAACUGUACCACCUGGAGUUCAUUGUUGUUUUUUCAUCUGUGUUUGGUACAUUCGUAAAACCUGAUCUUGCACAUAUAAAUUGAGAUUUCUUAAAAUUCAUACUCUGCACUGCUUAACAGACCUCAACGGCUUCCCUGGUAGCUCAGAUAGUUAAGAAUCUGCCUGCAAUGCAGGAGACCUGGGUUUGAUCCCUGCUCAGGAAGAUCCUCUGGAGAAGGAAAUGGCAACCCACUCCAGUAUUCUUGCCUUAGUUCCAUGGGCAGAGGACCCCGGCAGGCUACAGUCCAUGGGGUCGCAAAGAGUCAGACGUGACUGAGCAACUGACACGUCACUUCACUUUCAGCCAUGAGUUAGUUGGCAUUCAGCAUAACUGUGUGUGCACUCAUACUCCUAGUAGUCUUUACAUAUUGAUAGCCGGUUACCCAGGGUAAGCUGACAUCUCGCGAAGAGACAGGCCAAGGGUGAGAAUGGGCUUGCCUCAGCAACAGCAAGCAGCCUGACCCAGGGCUUCCUGGAGGUGAAGCUUCUGAAGUGCCCUCGGAACCUGCAGCGUCCGGGACAAACGGGACACAGGUCUCUCUCCAGUGGAGACUGAAGAGGACUUGUGCCUGGAGGUAACGCUCAGAGUACCGGCACAUGGCGAGCCCUGAAAACAUUCAUGGCCUCAUCCUGGGAUGAGGCUGCAGCACCCACAGUCACGAGGUCAUCAGGAAGUGUGCAUUUGUCAUGAGCACUUAAAUGUGGGCAGGCCCAGAGCCUGGCUUUCACGUUAACUGGCAAAGUUAGACGGGCAAGCCGUUGGCAAAUGUACACCCUGUGCGCUGCUUCAGUGUGGGUCUGGCAGCUUUGCCUCGAAUUGGAAAAUAACGUGAUGGAACAUGACUGCUAGGACGGCCCCCAGAAUCUUUAUUCUUUUUUACACAUCAGAAAGCACAGGUGCCCACGUUUGUACAUGUCCCAGGUGUGAAGCACCACCUGAACGGGAGGUAAACUUUGCCAUCAGGCUGUCAUGUCCCAUGAGCAGGCGUGAACCGUCCUUUUGCUCUCAGUUUCCUCAUCUGUAAAAUAAGACGGUCUGCUCCUUGGUGGGCACUGCCCAGCUGUGGGGCCUGGAGUGCUGCUGGGUGGAGGCAUGCCGCUGCCCUCUGAGGGGAGGGUGUGGUGUCCAGCCUGGACAGCUGCCAGAAUCGCAUCCUUGCUGCCACUGUGAGCCCGUGGUUCACUGGCAAGUGUCCGAUCGGCACAGGAGGUAUACUGGGGGUGAUUGUC